AUGACGGAAUUAACCGCUGAUAAAUUGCUUGUUCCAGGUCGAGUAUCUGUCGAGGUAGAUGCAAAAUUAUCUUUUGAUACCGAAGCAACGAUCGCCAAGGCUAGGCACCUUAUUUCACUUUUAAAAGAAAGUGGAAUUGAUAAAUCUCGAGUAAUGAUCAAAAUUCCCUCAAAUUGGGAAGGAAUUCAAGCCGCAAAGAUACUUGAAAAAGGAAUUCAAUCUGGUGCAACGAUAAUCUCACCGUAUGCUGGUAGAAUUCUCGAUUGGUACACGAAAAAUACCAAUAAAACAUAUAAAUCUUUCGAAGAUCCAGGAGUCAUAUCUGUGACCAAAAUUUAUAACUAUUAUAAAAAGCACGGAUAUAAAACAGCUAUUAUGGGAGCAAGCUUUCGUAACACUGGAGAAAUUGAAGAAUUAGCUGCACGUUAUAAUUGUUUGGACUCAAAAAAAGUUAUUUAUGACGAGAAAUCUUUCAAGUGGACAUUUACUGAAGAUGCAAUGGCUUCUGAAAAAUUUUCUGAAGGCAUUAGAUUAUUUGCUAAAGAUAGUAGAACUUUAAUACUUAUGUUAAAACAACGUUUGAAUAAUGAUGCUAUUGCUAAUGAAAAUAUUGAAUUAUUCUCGAGGCCUUUUUAUCUAGCUAAAUUGGGAUUAAUAUAA